GUUAGCAGGAAGACCCCCUCCCUGCGCACUUCCCCGCCUUCGUGCCACCCCGGAUUGGGCUUUGAUAUGCGGUCCCUUUCGGACUGGCUCACUUUUAAGGAGAGCUUGUUCCGCGUCUCGCUGGUUGUUCGAGUCUUUCGUCCCAAACCCCAGUCGCUGUAUCCAAACUAUCGUUCCCCCCAUAUUCGUCAUCGCAAUGGAAAAACGCGUGCCUCCCAUUACCCCCGGAGAUGGGGAAGUAAUUGAUCGUGCCGAUACUGCAACGGUAGAGGACGAGAAGCCCAGCCAAGUCGAGGAGCGGGACUACACGGGCACCGCGAAGAAGACGGACCCUGAGGAAAUUCGGCUCGUGGGGAAGCUCGACCUCUGCAUAAUGCCGUGCCUGUGCUUCAUGUACUUCCUCAACUACGUCGACCGGAACACCAUCGCCCAGGCCCGCCUUAACAACCUCGAAAGGGAUCUCGGCAUGUCGGGGAAUCAAUUCAACACGACGGUCUCCAUUUUGUUUGUGGGCUACGUGUUGAUGCAAGUCCCCAGCAACAUGCUUAUUACAAAGGUCAAGCCCGGCAUCUACAUGAGCUCCUGGAUGCUUGUUUGGGCUGCCGUUUCCGCCUGCACUGCCCUCGUCCAGAAUUACGCUGGUCUGGUGGUUUGCAGAUUCCUCUUGGGUUUCUUCGAGGCUCCUUUCUAUCCCGGUGCCACGUACAUGUUGUCGAUAUUUUAUACCCGUAAAGAGGUUGCAGCUCGCAUCGCCAUCCUCUAUUGUGCCCAGAUCCUCGCAACGGGCUUCUCGGGACUCAUCGCUGCUGGUGUUUUUGCCGGGUUGGACGGUGCUAGAGGCAUUGCCGGGUGGAGAUGGCUGUUCAUUAUCGAAGGCGCUGUGACCGCCUUCAUGGCUAUCGUCGGCUUCUUCGUCCUCCCUAACACACCCCUCACCACCUGGUGGCUGACCCAGCGUGAGAAGGAACUCGCCCAUGCCCGCAUGGAGAGGGACAAGCUUUCGGACGCCCUGGAUCGACCCGCGUCUGCGCUGGACGGCCUCAAACAGGCAUGUCGCGAUAAGAGGACCUGGAUCUUCUGCCUCAUGCAGAACUUUCAUCUGUCGGCCUGCUCUUUCAAUUCUUUCUUCCCUACUGUCGUCAGAACCCUAGGCUUUGACACGACCAUCACCCUUGUCAUGACCUGCCCGCCUUUCCUCGCUGCCGGCGCCGUGGGUAUCCUCUUCGGCUGGAGCUCUGGCCGCUACCACGAACGCACCUGGCACAUCACCGUGGGCCUUAGCAUCGCCAUCGUCGGCUUCGUCAUCGCCGCCUCCACGUUGAACACGGCGGCCCGAUACGUCGCCUGUUUCAUCUUCCCUAUUGGUGCCUACUCGGUCAACUCGGUCAUUAUCGGCUGGGCUUCUUCGACCUUGGGCCAGACGAAGGAGAAAAAGGCCGUUAUACUCGCAAUGACCAACAUUGGCGGACAGAUCGGAUAUAUCUAUGGUGCCUACGUAUGGCCCAAGAGCGACGAACCACGGUACGGGAUAGGAUUCGGUACUUCCGCCGCUUUUGCCCUGUGCUCCAUCUUUUGCGCCUGGUGGAUGCGCUUCCUCCUGAUCAGGGAGAAUAGGAGGAUCCGGGCGUCUGCGUCGGAGCAGAUCAACAUGUAUGGAUACUGAUGGAAGCUGUCUACGCAUCUACAAGGUCCCUAGAUGUAGCUAUGAGAUUUGCGGCUGGUGGUAUCUACGGAGUAAUGGUAAGAAUCUAAUAAGGUAGAGGGAGACGCACCUUGUAUCGGGAGACAUGAAUAACGGGUCUAUGAUGUGCAUGGUGUGCUGGCAAGGAUAAGAGUGGGAAGUUCGCGACAAGAUAGCACGCUCACCAUGGGGACGGCCUGAUCAUUAAUGCAAUUAGAGGAAUGAAGAGCCAAGGCAGGCUGCCAAGGAAAGCAAGCCUGCAUUAUGGUGUCAUUUCGAGCGGUGCGAAUCACGUGUCAUAAACCGGUGCAGCUCAUCUGGAUUAAUGUGGGAUAACACGCUGGUUUCCCGAAACCUCGUUUACUUUUAAAUAAUUACCCAUGAUAUGUGAG